AAUAAACGCAACUCCAUAUUGCGACACUGUAUGCAGCACUAUGCUAACUAGAUGAGAAUAAAAUCAAAUACAUUGUACAGGCGGAGGGAAAAUACCUGUUUAUCUCACAUUCACUCAGAUAUCUUCAUAGUUUGCACUACAAGAAGUACAUAAUCCCAGAAACUACAGCGAGCCUAAAAUGAAUUCAUGAUGGUAGAAUGACAGUCUCAGUCAACAUUCACUUUCAUUGUAUGGGAAAAAAAUAAACAUGCUGAUGGUCAAAUGUACUCUGCUCACCAAAAUGACUUUUGUGCUGCUCCAAAGGAGAAGCCUGUCGCAGCUAAACAAGACUUUAUCUAGUUAGCAUCUGUAUCGAUGUGGACGCUUUCUCUGUGGAGAUGGAGGAGGAAGACUCGAAAUGUACGAUGCGGCAGGAUGCCAGAACCUCUCUUCCUCAGUUUGAGGAUGAAAGGCCUCUCUUUCACAGUAAUCAGACGCCACCUGGUCCUUCUGAGCCAUUUCUGCUGUCGGGAAGUGAUGUAAAAGUUCCAUUCACCAUCAAUCGUUAUUUACGUGACUACCAGCGAGAAGGCAUAAAAUUCAUCCAUCAUAACUAUGCCAAAUCUAGAGGAUGCAUUUUAGGUGAUGACAUGGGUCUUGGAAAGACUGUUCAGGUCAUCGGCUUCCUGGCUGCAGUUCUGCGGAAAACGGGUACAUGGAAAGACGUCGAAAACAAUAAGCCACAGUUUUUGCUGUCACAGAAGCCAUCAGAACAAGUUCAGAAGGUUUUCCUUAUUGUGGCUCCGCUCUCUCUUCUCUACAACUGGAAAGAUGAAUUAGACACGUGGGGUCAUUUUAGAGUCGUGGUCGUGCAUGGUGUGAGGAAGGAUGAAGAAUUGGCGCGAGUGCAGAGAGCAAGAUGUGAGAUUGCUCUUACAACUUAUGAAACCCUUAGACUCUGUUUGGACCAGUUUAACAGUAUUGAUUGGGAUGCCGUUAUAGUUGAUGAAGCUCACAAAAUAAAGAACCCAAAGUCCCAGAUCACCCAGGCCAUGAAGGACAUGAGAUGUAAAGUGAGGGUUGGUCUAACAGGAACAAUCCUUCAGAACAACUUGGAGGAAUUGUGGUGUGUUAUGGACUGGGCCAUUCCAGGAUGUCUGGGUUCUCCGGUGGGUUUUAAAAACAGGUUUUCAGACCCCAUUGAGCUUGGACAAAAGCACACCGUGACCAAAAGAGCUCUAGCAGAAGGCCGUAAAGCAGUUCAGGACCUUGCCAAAAGCCUCACACACUGGUUCCUCAGGAGAACAAAGGCCCUCAUCAGUGACCAGCUACCUAAGAAGGAUGAUCGAGUGGUCUAUUGCUCUCUCACAGACUUCCAGCGGAAGGUGUAUCGUGCCGUACUGGACACAGACGAUGUGACCCUGUUGUUGCAGAGCUCAGGAAAGUGUCGCUGUGGCAGUGGCCGCACAGGGAAGAAGUGCUGCUACAAACUGAACGCAAACGGUGUGCCAGUUAGAUACCUGUAUUUCAGUUAUCUGACUAUCCUCAGAAAGGUGGCCAAUCAUGUUGCACUACUGCAGUCCAAAGAAGGAACCAGCAAAAAACAGGAGAAAUAUGUGACAGCAAUUUGUGAACAAGUUUUUAGGAAAUUUCCAGAUUUCAUAGGGAGGUGCAAACAAGCAGCCUUUGAAGCAAUGUCUGACCCCAUGUACAGUGGAAAAAUGAAGGUUCUGCAAAAGCUACUCAACCACUUUAUCGCAAAGAAAGACAAAGUUCUACUCUUCUCUCUCUCCACCAAGCUGUUAGAUGUUUUAGAAAGCUAUUGCAUGGCCGAGGGUCUGGAGUACCACAGACUGGAUGGAAACACCAAGUCUAAGGACCGAGUUAAGAUAGUGAAAGAGUUCAACAGCUCUCGGGAUGUCAACCUGUGUCUGGUGUCUACCCUGGCGGGUGGGCUUGGUCUCAACUUCGUUGGAGCUAAUGUUGUUGUGUUGUUUGAUCCAACAUGGAAUCCUGCCAAUGAUCUUCAGGCUAUUGACAGGGUGUAUCGUAUUGGCCAGUGCAGGGAUGUGACUGUUUUUAGACUUAUCUCUUUAGGAACAGUAGAGGAGAUCAUAUAUCUGCGCCAGAUUUACAAACAGCAACUUCAGUCAUCAGUAAUAGGCCAGGAGAAUGCUAGACGCUACUUUGAGGCUGUUCAGGGAACCGAUGGCCAGGCAGGAGAGCUGUUUGGCAUCCGAAACCUUUUUCGUCUGCAGACUGAUGGCACCUGUCUUACUCACCGCAUCCUGGAGAGGGAGGGCCGAGUGGAGGUGGGGAUCACGACGGCCAGAACUCAAGCUCUGGACGAGAGGUUGCAGGAGCCAGAUCUUCAGUCAGCGGAUGCUGCUACUGAGAGAGCAGCUGGAUCAGCUGGUGCUGGGUUCAAACCUGCAGGGGUGCUGGACUUCAGCAGUGCAAGUGAGGAUGAAGAUCCCUGCUGCUUCAGGCCCAGGCCCUCAGAAGCACACACAGGAGAAGUGGGGGGAGCUGGCACUGCCUGCAUUGGCAAUAUGGGCCUGUAUGGUCUGCUCCAGAGACAACUGGCUCAGAGAGAACGGCAGGAGACAGACAGUGACGAGGACUCUAGUAGUCAGGAUGAGGACAACUGUGAAAAACCCACCAUGAUUAAGGGACAAACAUCUAAGACACGGGAUCUGUUCGUUGAACCCAAGGAAAUGUUGGAGGGAGUCGCUGAUAGUAAACAGCAGAAAAAAUCAUCAGACCUUGAUCUCCUUCCAACAAGUUCACAUAAACAAAACAAAGACAGCGUGACCGCUUGCGAGAAUCAUUUUCAAAAAAGGGUGAACUUUGCAGAAAAAAGAUCUGAAGAUAAAAGUUUUACCUCAUCAGAAGAUGAAGUUCCCCAAGAAGGCAUGAUAUGUAUGAAGGGUUCUUCUCCUCAGGACAAUAAAUCAGCUGACAGAUGGUCCUCUGGGAGGGACAACUCUACUCAAAGAUCUUUGGGCAUAAAGAGCCGAAACUCAGGAUCUGACAAACCCCGAUCCAGAGAUGAAGAAAUCCCUGGAACACUGGACUCAUUAUUAGGUGGUCUUCAGCACGUGAGCUACACUCACUCUAAUCAGAAGGUAGUGGGCUCCAGCAGAGCAGAAGACCGCCUGAGCCGUGCUGCAGUACGAGAUGUGUUUGAACUCAACAAGCACUCACAGCUUCUUGCAAACCAGCUUCCAGACUCAUCAGAGACCCAGUCAUCUGAUCCCGCACUACUCCCAGAUCAUGUUGAUGGAGAUCGGACGCUGCAGGAAUAUGGCAGACCCCACAAUGAACAUCCGGUCAAACACAACAUCAAAACCUCUUACAGCCUGAACAAUGUCACUGUCAUCGUGGGAGAGACACCCAGCAGCAUGUGCAGACAGCAGUUUGAAGACAUGGCUCAGGUCUUUGGAUUCGACUCUGUGCGGACCUUUGCAGAAGAGAUUCUGAAGAACGAUUCAGAGCAGAGACUUAGUCGAUUACGGAGCUUCUACAGCCAGAAGAGCCCUGAACUUAAGAACAUCGUCAGAAAGACCUUUCCUAAAGCCAUCGAGCCAGAGCCACCACCUCCAUCUACAGCCAGACAAAGACCUACCUCAAAAAGAGCCCACCCAAUCUCCACUCUUAAAACUCUAGUUGAGGUGCCAAUCCCUGAGGUUGAGGAUGGAAGUAAAGCAUCAAAGAAAAAGAAAGUGGGUGAAACUGAAACCUCUGAGGUUCAUUGCAGUACAGACCACACAAACAAUAAAAAUAAGAUGCCCUCCAUAGCCAAAUUCUCAUCAUCGACUUCUGGACAUGUUCCUCAAAGGAGCUGUGCACCAGUAGAAGAAAGUAAAACCAACAUAACUACUUCCUCACAAGCUUCCAAGGACAUGGAAUACCCUUCAUGUGUCUCCACAGAUGCUUGUGUUGCAUCAAGCUCAACCAAGACCAACAGCUCCUCCCAAAUUACUGACCUUAUAGGUGACAUAUCCAUCCUGGAUGACUUGUUCAAGUCUAAGAGGAAAACUGUGGACCAAGCUAGAAAUGUGAAAGCAUCCACAUGCACAGAAAGAGCAAAAAGUAAAGGGAAAGACUUUUGGGACAUUUUGAAUGAAGGAAAUGAGGAGAGCAUUAACAAACUCACAGAUCUGACAGAGGUGGAGAAGAUCUGUAACAGUGCCAGUGUCUCUGCAAAGUCUAAGAGUAAUCAGAAUACAGAAAGCUCGCAGCUUUGGAAAAAAAAUGAGAAAUUUCUCUGGAAACGAUAGUUUUCAAAUUCCUUCAACAACGUGUUUCUUUUUAUUUUAAUUCAUAUUUUUUUCAAUGUUAUGUUUUAUUGCAAGUGCAGGCUUUUUAUUUAAGUUAAUUUGUUUUUAUUUCUUUUUCAUUUAAUCUUUUUAUGUGUUUUAUUUCCUUCUCGGGAUUCAGUAGGUUUCACAGAAUAACUGACUGUCAGUUAAUGCUUUUAUUCAUUUUAUGAAUGAUAUUAGAGUUGAUGUUUUAAUGAAGGCACAAGGAUGCAAUUUAAUUUUUUCCCAUGAAAGGAAAAUUUACAUUAAAAAAAAAAAAAAAAAAAGUAUGAAA